AUGCGCAUCCUGCCAUGCCUCCUCCUUGCUGCGCUCGUGAGCGCCCAGACGCCGCCGCAAGUUUUUUCUCUGGCGUACAUCGGGACGCUCCUCAUCCAACCGGGGCUCGACGGCACGCUCUGCAUCACGGCUUCUUCAAACAAUACCGUGUCGACGAAAAGCUGCACCGGCAGCGACUCGCAAAAAUGGACAUUUGUGAACGGCAGCAUCCAGAUUUUCAAUGGGACCCAGUGCCUGGCUGUUGCGUCGGAUAACACGCAAUUGCAACUACAGCCAUGCGCAGGAAGAGGGGCAGCGAGCCAGCAAUUCUGGUACACUUACGACAACCACAUCGCCUGGACCAACCGCGGGCGAUGCCUCCAUCUCAGUCCCCAGCUUGGGAUGGGAGUCUGCGAUGGCACUGAUGCGCACCAGACGUGGAACGUCGGGUACCCCGCCAAUGCCCUGCCCACGACCUCGGAACACGGCCAGAGCGGGACCAACGCCUGCGGGACCGCUGCCAGCCCGGACUCGGCUUGUCAGACUGUUUGGAUCAAUUCGGCGGACGAUUUUUGUCUGUGGGCCCCACCGUCUGUAGGCACGAUCGGGGACACGGAGCGGGACGAGGUGGCGUGGUGCACGAUGCCGGGCCACGGCGCGCGGCUAGUCCCGCCCGGGACCUUCCACGGCGUGCACUUUGUGAAGACGGCGGACUACGUGCAGGUGACUGGCGUCGGCAACUUUACGAGCAUCAACGUCCCCAGGCACGACCAUCGAAGCAGACAGCUCAAUCGCAGACCAGAUCCCCACGGCGCCGACGGCAAUGGCAACCCAAUCGGGGGCCUCGUUUUCGGCAACAGCUUCAGCCCUGGCCUGCAAUACCACGAAUGGACCUCGUUCAUCUCCGACACCGAGUUCUGCUUCCGCGCCUGCAUCGGCCCCAACGCAGCCAGAAACUGCCAGCACAUUUACGACCUGAUGGGCUGCUACUGGAAUAUGCCUGCAAACUACGACGCCGGGUCAUUUGACAACUGCGAAGCCGACGACGAUCUGCCCAUGGGGGUCUACGGCACAUCCACCUGGUACCAAGGAAUCAAGCCCACUCCACCGCCUCAUCCCGUCGCCAGCAGCUCCCGCUGCGUCCCCGUGCCGAGUCCCACGUGAUCGCAUUGUAGAUACAUAUUUGCAGCGAGAGAGAGAGUGAGUAUGUAAGCAGUACGGGUAAGCACUAGUAGUGGUGUUCCAUUCCAACCAAGAUAUUAUGGCACGAGCCGGUAUAAAUCCACCCACUGAAAUGAACAAAUGAAAUAUACGUCGAGAG